AUGGAGUCGACGAGCAGUGUUUCGCAUUUGCUGGCUGCCGAUACAUUGGCCAGAGAAACCUCCGAGCACGAGAUGGAGGAUUUACCAGAGGAGUGGGAGCGUCGUCAACGAGAAAGAGAACGAGUGCGGGAACGCUCCAGACAUUCGGAAGACCGCAAAGAGCGUCGUCAGCGGAAAAGAGCUGCAUUGGGAGCAGGAGCUGGUGCUCUUGGUGCGGAACUUUUGAAGGGAAGACCAAGACAUCAAUCUGGAGCGAGAGUCGUAUCCGGGGCCUAUCUGGAAGAAGGCCGCAGUCCGGAUAUGAAUGUUCGUCGUCGUGGCGGUGGUCCGGCGAUGGAACGGACAUGGAAACAUGAACACGACUGGGAAGGCAGCUACAACGAUUCUGAGAGACGGCCGUUUUGGAAGUUCUGGGAUUCUUGGUCCAGGAAAAAACGCAUCUGGUUUGGAAUGUUGGCAGCGAUCUUGAUCUUGCUUGCGAUUAUUAUCCCAGUCGCCGUCAUUAAUUCACAGAAAAAAGAAGCGGGGUCCUCCUCCUCCUCGAGCUCUUCAAGCUCUUCAAGCACAAGCAAUUUGACCGCCAACCUGGACAGUAUCAGCCGGGAUAGUAUCCCUUCUUACGCACAAGGUACUGUGCUAGAUCCCUUUACAUGGUAUGAGACCGAAGGGUUUAACCUUACCUUUACAAAUGAAACGGUGGGUGGACUGUACAUCAUGGGUCUCAACUCGUCAUGGGAUGAUUCCGCUAGACCGAACGACAAUGUUCCGCCGUUGAAUCAAUCGUUUCCCUAUGGCUCGCAGCCUAUUCGAGGAGUCAACAUUGGUGGAUGGCUGUCGAUUGAACCGUGGGUUGUACCAUCCUUGUUCAAUACCUACUCGUCCGAUGCUGGUAUCAUCGAUGAGUGGACAUUAAGCGAGCAAAUGGGGUCCAGCGCUGCUACCACCAUCGAAAAGCAUUACGCGACUUUUUACACCGAGCAAGACUUUGCCGAAAUUAAAGAAGCCGGCUUGGACCAUGUCCGCAUCCAAUACUCUUACUGGGCAGUGAAGGUCUAUGAUGAUGAUCCUUAUGUGGCAAAGAUCUCCUGGCGUUAUCUCCUGCGUGCAAUUGAGUAUUGCCGAAAAUAUGGACUUCGGGUCAAAUUGGAUCUCCAUGGCCUUCCUGGCAGCCAAAACGGCUGGCAACACAGUGGCCAUCAAGGAACAAUUGGCUGGUUGAAUGGCACAGAUGGCGAGUUGAAUGCCAACCGAAGUUUGGAGAUCCAUGAUCAAUUAUCGACGUUUUUCGCCCAAGACCGAUACAAGAACAUUGUGACAAUGUAUGGUAUUGUCAAUGAGCCGCUCAUGCUCUCUCUCUCCACGGAGAAAGUCCUCGACUGGAACAACCAGACAGCAAAGUUGGUUCGAAAGAACGGUAUGAAUGCGACCAUCGUCUUCCAUGACGGGUUCCUCAAUCUGGACAAGUGGGACGCAAUGUUCAAGGAUCACCCGGAUAAUAUGUACCUGGACACGCAUCAAUACACCACCUUUAACACCGGCGAGAUUGUGCUAAACCACACGGCCAAGAUUGAGCUUAUGUGCAGCAGUUGGUACAGCAUGAUUGAGGCCAUUAAUAGCACCAGCUCUGGAUGGGGCCCCACGAUAUGCGGCGAAUGGUCGCAAGCUGACACCGACUGCGCGGAGUACUUGAAUAACGUGGGUCGCGGUACUCGAUGGGAAGGAACAUACGACACGAGCUCCUCGACGCAGUACUGUCCCACUGCCAGCGAGGGUACCUGCAGCUGUAGUAAUGCCAAUGCCGACGUCUCUGAAUACUCAGAUGCGUACAAAAAAUGGCUACUUUACUACGCUGAAGCGCAGAUGUCUGUUUUUGAGACAGCCAUGGGCUGGUUUUACUGGACCUGGCGCACAGAAUCAGCAGCCCAGUGGAGCUAUAGGACAGCAUGGAAGGGGGGUUUCAUGCCGGAGAAGGCUUAUUCGCCUUCUUUCAAGUGCGGGGAUGACGUGCCUGAUUUCUCCAGCUUGGGACUUGCCGAGGACUAUUGA